AUGUUCCGCCAACAGAUCGCCCGCCAGGCCCGCCUCUUCAGCACCACACCCGUCGCGCGCAAGAGCCCCGUAGAAGCUAUCAAGGACGCUGCCAAGGCUGUCGACAGGACAAUCUCCGGUGCCGCUGUAAAGGGCAUUGAGAAGGGAGAGGAAGUCGCUGGCGCCGUUAAGGAAGCCACCCCCGACACCACCGGCGAGGCCAAGGGCCAGGCAAAGGAGAUGGCCGGCGAGGCUAAGGGCAAGGCUCAAGAGCUUAAGGGCGAGGCCAAGGGCAAGACCCAAGAGCUCAAGGGCGAGGCUAAGAGCAAGAUGUAA